AUCAUCACAUCAUUCUCGCCAUCCCCAAACCAAAUCGCUCAUCUCUCUCCCUAAAUUCGGAGAGAAAUGAGUACGGCAAUUUCCUCACCAAUUGCAUGUUCCCGUGUUCCAUCCAAUGCCCAAAUCGUUAGAACAUCCAAUCCAUCGUCUUCUUCAAUCAUCCGYCUUAACUCCACAAAUAACCGGCAUGGGAAAGGAGCAGUAGGAAYGUUGUUGCAGAAGAAGAAGUUGGUUCUUCCAAGACAUGGUUUUAGGUGCAAUUGUAGCAGCACACCUGGUGGCCCUGCUCCUGGUGAAAAUGAAAGCAAACAGGUUCUGGAUGCAUUUUUCUUGGGGAAGGCUUUUGCAGAAGCGCUGAAUGAACGUAUUGAGUCUACUGUGGGGGAGUUCUUGAGUACAGUUGGCCGGUUGCAAGCCGAACAACAAAAACAAGUACAGGAGUUUCAGGAUGAAGUGCUAGAAAGGGCUAAAAAGGCGAAAGAGAAAGCAGCACGCGAAGCCAUGGAAGCACAAGGACUUGUUYCCAAGUCGGCUUCAUCAAGUAUAAUUUCGUCACCAACGGCUAAUAAAACUACAAAUGGUUCUGGAACAGAACCUGCAGCCGUUGAUGAACCGACGGUUUCACCAUCUUCAUCAAGCUCGGGUUCUGAUCGUAACGGCAGCACAGAUCCACUUUUGGGAAUACAGAUAGAUGAUUAAGUGAAGGAAUAUAUGUCAUCUACUAAAGAUGGUUGAGUAAAAAUGGUUAAUAGUUUAGGCUCAUUGUGGAAGAAAUGAGUUGGUAUAUUGAUAUGAUGUUAUAUAUGGACAUGUUAAAAUGAAAGAAAGAUGUGAAUGAGCAAGAGAUUUUUGGAUUA